UUGACUCUCGGAGAGCUAAGAAUUAUUUUUUUUGGGGACAAGGGAUUGAUUAGGAACAAGGAAUUAGCAAUAACAACCAUGGAAGAAUCCAAACAAGUGCAGCUCUAUCUCUCUCCUCUUUUCCUUUUCCCCAUAUUCCAUGUUUUUUAUAAUUGUAUUUACAUUCGGGGAUCAGAUUCAUCUUCCAACAACUUAUUCGGAAGAUUACCCUCAAAAUCAAUUAUUUGAAAGCAAGACUUAUGAUAAGAUUCUGACAUCUGACUGACACCUCAUCAAGGGCAACAACUCUGUCCUUAUUGGCAUUCUUCUACUCACUCCACAUACUGAGUCAACAGCAUAAGAAUUCUUGUUUCUUCUUCCUCUUCAUCCCUGUUUACCAAACUGUGGCAGACAGCAAGAAACAACAUGUUCAAGGUUGUUCCAAGAAAGCUCUGCACUUCAAGAUCAUUCCUUGUUCAUUUCUUCAACAGGGAAUUCUCUAGCACCUCACAAAGAAGGAAAUUGGAAGGCAAGGUAGCAUUGAUCACGGGAGCGGCGGGAGGUAUUGGGAAAGAAACUGCAGCGAAAUUCAUCGAAAAUGGCGCUAAAGUCGUGAUUGCGGAUAUCCAAGAACAACUGGGCGAAGACACCGCCGCGGAACUCGGCGCAAACGCCGCCUUCGUCACCUGCGAUGUCUCCGAAGAGCGCGACAUCUCCGCCGCCGUGGAUUUCGCGGUGUCGAGGCACGGCAAACUCGACAUCAUGUACAACAACGCGGGCAUUGCGUGCCGGACUCCGGCCAGCAUCGUCGACCUGGACAUGGCGGCGUUCGACCGCGUGAUGUCGGUCAACGUCCGCGGCGUGGUGGCCGGCGUCAAGCACGCCGCGCGCGUGAUGAUCCCGCGCCGCUCCGGGACCAUCCUGUGCACGGCCAGCGUGACGGGGGUCAUGGGAGGGCUGGCGCAGCACACGUACAGCGUAUCCAAGUCUUCGGUGAUCGGAAUCGUGAAGUCAUCCGCCGCCGAGCUCUGCAAGCACGGGAUUAGGAUCAACUGCAUUUCGCCGUUCGCCAUUCCGACCGCCUUCGCAAUACCGGAAAUGAAGGAUUACUUCCCCGGCGUCGACGACCGGGGACUCGCCGAGAUGCUACACAAGGCAGGGGUGCUGGAAGGGGCCCACUGCGAGCCCGGUGACGUCGCUAACGCCGCCGUUUAUUUGGCCUCCGACGACGCCAAGUACGUCAGCGGCCAGAAUCUGGUGGUCGACGGUGGCUUUACAUCAAUGAAAAGGAGGAGAUCAGACAGCUAAAAGGAUGGCAAGCAGACAACAAGACAAGUUAACCUUAAGAAACCAGAAUGCUGCAAACUGCAAAGAUCGCUUGACAAAAGAUAUACUAACACGAGUGAAGAAACGGUACCUAGUCCAUCAGUGAACAAUUUGAACUGUCCGAGUGCCUGCCUGAUGAACAUCUCGACCCCG